AUGGAAACAGACAUUGUGAACCUCUGAUCAAAAAAAACUAAAUAUACCCAACUGGAACGAUCAACCACAUCUUAGAAUUGACCACGUUUAGAGAAGAUAUUGUGGCAUGUUUUUGAAAACUCAAAGAUUUACCUUGAUGGUUUGAAUCGAAUUGAUCUCCAUUUGCUGAUGCGUUUGACAUUUCUAUAUUUGUCAUUCCAAGAAAAAUUGCUCCUGUAUUCGUGCCUGGCUGUUUACAGAGCAGCGCUUGGUUAUUUUUUGACUGAGAUGAUUAUAAAGCCUUCCGAAUUAACCAGAUUUCUACUUGAAUGACUCAUAACAUUUGAGCUUCAUGCUGGUCGUGAGUGAGCAUGUCGACCCUGCUGGAUCUGAAAAGCAGUGUGCUGAGGCAGGUGCAGAGGAGUCAAUCCCUCAGGACCAGGAGAGAGCCUCCGGCUGCGGCCAGUGCUGGAGGAAGCCCACCGACAAUUGCACGCCGCUCUGGCACUACCAUACACAGGGUUGCCAGGGGAAACGGGGAGUUCUUUGAUCGCAUGAAUAAAAUCCUCCAGAAACAGGAUAGUCUGCUGUCUGCUGGUCAAACUGAGGAGGAGAGCAGCUGUUCUCCUCCACCCCCAGAGAGUAAGGAGCAGACUUUUGUUCCAGAGAAAGCUACCAGGGAUGAGCUCGACUUGUUGUACGAGGAAGCCAUCUACACCGUGGUCAACUGGGUUGGGGUGCCAUCGCCAGAAUACGUCACAAGCGAAGGGGAGAUUUUCAGCUAUCUGCAGAAGGUCUUUGAUAUGGGUCAAGAGGAACAUGACAUCAUCCUGCAAAGAGUUCGAGAAUCCAAGAGAGCAAGCUAUUCUCUCAGGGUCUCUGUAAUGAAAGGCAAAAAUCUCAUGGCCAAAGAUGCCAAUGGCUACAGUGACCCCUACUGCAUGCUGGGAAUUCUCCUGGGACAGUCGCCCAAAGACACAGAAGAGAAAAAAGAGAGGAAGUUUAGUUUUCGCAAGAGGCGUGAAAAGUUAGAGAAGCGCUCCAGCGUUAAGGAGGUCCUGGCGGGAAGGGAUAUCCAGGUGACCGACGUUAAACCAGAGACCCUUAACCCGGUGUGGAACGAACACUUUGUUUUUGAUAUUGAUGAUGUUCACAAUGACCUUCUGCAUUUGGACAUAUGGGAUCACGAUGAUGAUGUUUCUGUUGCAGAAGCCUGUAAGAAACUGAACGAAAUCAGUGGAUUCAGAGGAAUGGGCAGAUAUUUCAAGCAAAUUGCCAAAUCGGUGAGGGCCAAUGGAGCAGCUGCGUCUGGAAGUGAGGAGAAUGCUGAUGACUUCCUGGGUUGCAUCAACAUCCCACUGAAUGAGAUCCCGGUUGUUGGUUACGAUAAGUGGUUUAAGUUGGAGCCGAGGUCCAGCGCCUCUAAAGUUCAAGGAGAAUGUCACCUGAUUCUUCGUCUCUUCACCACUCAGAGAGACACAGCGCUGAGUAAAAUGGCCUCCAAUGUCACCAUUCACAAGAAGAUGCUGAGUCAGAUUCUGGAGUACGAACACAAUCAAAUUCAGAAAGAACCUUACAACUGGAACGGACAGGUGUGCGCGGCCGCAUGGACCGUGUUGUCCCAUCACGCGGUGCAGGCCGACCUCUCUCCCCUGCAGCAGGCCAUCAUCCGUUGGCAGUGUUACAGCAGUCACCACCGUUCUCAGAGGAUGAGCUACGCGCUGCUACUCAGACUGCUGAAAACAGUGGAGGCGGAGUGGGAGGACGCUGGCGUGCACGGCGAGCUGGAGAGUCUCUUGGCAGAAAGCUUCAGGCUUUACUGUGAUUACUGCCUAUCUCAAAUGAAGAGCAUGCGUCAAGUGUUCCCCUGCAACAAUUCGGCUGCCAUCAUACGCUGUGAGCUUAUGCUGAGGAGCAUCGGUCACAUGCAGUCCAUGGCAGCUUUUAGAACAGUGUGUUCAAACCGCAACGAACUACACUUGGAAAUUGCUACAGUUAUAAAGAAAGGCACCGUUGAGUGGUACGAAGGAAUAAUAUCAAACAUUAAACCAGAUGAAGGGAUUCUAGAGGAACAGAUGAGGCGUUUGGUUCUGGUGGUUGAUGCAGUUUGUUUUGAUGUGCAGAGAGGCCAGAAUGUCUACAACAAGCUUUAUUACAGCUCUGUGAAAGUCGACUUCUUCAGUAUUUCCUACCGGCAGUUAGAGAAACUUGUGGCAGAUGACGUGAACGUCGCAAUGGAGCGGGUGUGUGGAAACCUGGAGCAGGAAAGUUCUCGGCUCACCCAGACGAUGGGAGAAACCCUGUUCGAGCUCUUCAUGUCUCUAAAGUCUCUCAAACGCUUCAGGGAGUUCCUGCCUCUCAAAGAUACGAAGAUGUUGGCUCUGACUGGAUAUCACAACUGGUUCAAGACCUCUAUUCACAAAUGGUUGCAGAUUGUGCACGAAAGGUCUACUGACAGAAUCCGCAAAGCUGUGGAAAUGGAUCAGUUGGAGCCGAUCCAGAGUCAGACGAAACACAGCUCCUCGGCGGUGGAUGUUACCGUGUGUUUCGGCCAGGUGCGGGAGUUUUGGGCCCAGCUGGCGUGGCCCGAUUCAGCAGGAGCCUUUAUUUUCAUCACACGACUGACGGACAAUUUCUGCAGCGAGGCGGUGUGUUACGCCGAGCUGAUCAAGCGCAAGAUUGAGAGGGACCAGCUGGAAAGAGACCACAAAAGCUUCACCGUGCAGGUUUGUGUCGCUCUGAAUAGCACUGAGCAUGUGCGGCUGUAUCUAGGGGGUCUGCCACGGGACUUUGACUGGCGGGGAGUGGAACAAGCCAUGGAGGAGGCGUGCGGGUUGGAGGGUAAAGAGCAGGUCAACAAAUCCCUGAACGGUCAGCUCUACAAUGCUGACCUUGACCUGCAGAGAGAGGCUAAACGUCUGAUCACGCACCUCACUGAUAAGAUGCUUCCCGAACUAAGAAGAUGCAUUCAACACAUCAGCCUCUCACCAGACUCCAUUAACAACGAUGAGGCUGUAGCUCCUCUGAUGAAGUACCUAGAUGACACUCUAGUCAUCCUCAACAAGUCACUGGUUAAAGACAAUCUAACAAGGGUUUUGGAGAGCCUGUGGGAGCUGCUCCUGCGGAUGAUCCUUGACACUGUGGCAGAGAACAGAGGCGUCCAGGUGGAAUUCUUUACACGAUUCCAGUACACAGCCGAGACGCUGGUUCAUUUCUUUCACGCCGAUGGAGAAGGGCUGCUUCUGGAAGACCUUAAAAGUGGAGAUUAUAAGGUCCUGGAGGAUGAGCUGCGUCUGAACAAAUGCUCGUCCUUUGAGCUGAUCGAGCAGUAUUUUCUGGAGAAAAUAUCCCAGCAGAGAAUCCUUAAGCACAGUCGGUUUGGUCGUAUCAGUGUGAAGUGUUACUAUGACGCCCCUGAACAAAGACUUACUGUGGAGAUACUGCACGCAGCGGAUCUCAUCGCCCUGGAUGCUAACGGCCUCAGUGACCCGUUCGUCAUAGUGGAGCUCUGUCCUCAUCAUCUCUUCCCCACGGCUCGUAGUCAACGCACUCAAGUGAAGCUCAAAACCCUUCAUCCAGUUUUUGAUGAACUUUUUUACUUCCAUGUCAGCCCAGAGCAGUACAGGCACAGAUGUGCCUGUCUGACCUUCACUGUGAUGGACUAUGAUUGGUUGUCUACCAACGACUUUGCCGGCGAGGCUGUGGCUCCACUGAGUGACUUCUGCUGGCCGGGAAGGCCGAGUGCCACGCCCGCUGGAAAGACCCUUCAACCCAUCAUCCUGCAUCUGUCCCGGCAAAAACCAAGCGAGAAGCCCAUCAUGAAGAUGCUGGAGGCGAGAGCAGGAGACCGAGAGGCGCAAGAGUUUGUGAGGAAGCUGAAAGAGAUCGAGAAGUCGAUGGAGGAAGAGUAGUGUUUCCCCUGUAGUGCACGUACUGUAUUUCUGAUGGUGGUCUUUUAUACCUGUUGUACUAUGUUUACUCUUCAAAUGCAAACUCUUUCAAAUGUGUAUUUUUCACUGUUGUCCAAAAAAAAAAGGUAUGGUAAAUGAUCACGUUUGAAGAUCAGUAUUUUAUCACUGUUUUAAUGUAAAAGCCCCGAUCUGAUGGAGCUUGUUGUUAAUAGAUCUGUAUGAAUUUAGUGGUAGAAAGGUCUAUUUUGAAAGAUUUCUCUGUUGAUGUGUUUUUUAAAGCUUACCCGAUGAGGGACAGAUUAUGACUUGAACUCAGAGAAACCCAGAUGUUUACUUGAGGAUUUUCAAAGGCGGCUUAACAAGGAAUAGAGCUUCUGUACAUACAGUGGUUGUAAGGCCACAUACACUGCGGCUGAAUAGGGUUGCAUUAACAAAAUGCUUUCUUUCCUCGAAAGAAAGCAGACGAGUCUGUGCGAGAUCCGGCCUGGAUUCAUCUGCUGUCUGGGAUAGUUACAGACGCAGAAUGACAUAUUUUAUUUUGGGUAAACAAUCUUAGCGGCUAAUCACCCCAAACGCGUUUUAAACGCUUGGAAAUGCAAGGCGCAACGCACUGCCUUUAAAAGAAAGCAGUGAGGGGUGCAGCUUUUUAUAUUGCUAGGCAACCACCGAGUCAGCUGUCUUGUCAAUCAAAUAUUGAACCGUGAGCGAUGUUUUGCUGUUACCUGUAAUAUUAGCAGAAACCUUAAAAAAGGGCGCUUGCUCUGACUUUGUUUGAGGGUGAGAGGGGCACAAAAACACGAAGGAGAGAGUGAGCGAGUGGAAUCCGGUGUCAUGAGCAAUUCGGUCCCCCUGGGAAUUCUGCCCCCUUAGGACCCCCACAUGAUUCCAUUGGCUAAAAAAACUCCUCAUAGGGAGUUUUCUUAGCGCCUUAUUACAAUUCCUACAAAAUCGCGUUAUGAUGUAUGUAGUUAGAACGCUGUUAAAAUUACAAUUGAUGGCUUUUAAAGGAUAUGUUUCAUAUAGUAGUAUAUAAAUUAGGCUAUAGGUGGGAGAUAUACACAUUGCUUGUGUUAUUUUAUUAUUUUGAUUAUUAUACUGUACCCUUUCCACUAUGGAAGGUAUUUUUUGACUUUUUAAAAUUAAUUAAUUAAAUUAAAUAAAAAUAGCUCGUACAGUCUAAAUGUUGCUCACUGCCCAGCUCCAUGCACAGAGGGUAGACGCACAUUUCACCGUGACAGCGCCACCCGGCACUCAUUGGCCAGUACAAUCGACACAGUAGCCUAUCUGUACAGAUGUGAAGCUAAGAUUCAUCCAAACAGUCGCUAAGUUUGGCUAAAUUGGUCUAAAAGUCGCUAGAUGUAGCAAUAAGGUCACUAAGUUGGCAAGCAACACAGUUACUGAGUUGGCAACACUGCUUCAGCCAAUCCCCUUUUUUUAAGGAAGUAAGCCCCACCCACUGAUUAACAUUGAAUUUGCAUACAAGUUGAAAAUAAAAAUGAACACGAAAAUUAAAACGAAAAUGAAAAAGAGAACAUAAAAUUAAAACUGAACUUUACAUUUUAAUUUUGUCCCUAUUAUUGCUUGGUCAUGAAUAAAAAGCCUUUUAAAAAAUGUAUUUACAGAUUCCUUUUCAAGCUUGCCUUUUUAUUUUAAUAUUGUCAGUCUUGACUCAAGAUUAUAUUGAAAAUGAAAUGUCAAAUCAUCAAUUUAAUUUAAUUUUUCAAUUUGGCCGGAAUGAUGCUUAAUCACGUUAAAAAUGAAAAUGAAAUAAUUUAAUAUAAUGUUUUAAUUUUUAUUUUAGAAUUUCAUUUUCAAAUUUGGGACAUAUUUUGCGAUUUUAUUUUAUAUUUUAUAAUUGUAUUAAUUAUUUUAGAAUUUAAUUAAUUUAUUUAAAAAAGUCCAAAAAUACCUUCCAUAUUCCACUUUUGUAUUGUGUAAAGUUAAUAAAUUACUUAUACAAAGCAUGAUUACUACAUAGCUGAAUCACACAUCACAAAAAAAUACAUUUCAUAAGGUAUGUUUAUAACUUAAAUAAAUUAAACAAAAAUAAAAGUAUUGUUUUUGUAAAGCAGAUGAUGACACAAAAGUACUGACGUGUCUGGAACAUGAAUAUUAGUUUAUUAUAUUAUUUUUUUGUUAACUUUUGUUUAAAAAAAAUUGUAUGCUUCUAUUUUGUACAACGUAAUUAGCUUGCUAGACCGCUAACGCAGACGAGAUAUCGCAAUUUUUGACCAGGCAUUAGUGCUAGGUACCAAUCGGGGUCCUAGGGGGGACCGAAUUGCUCAUGACACCGGUUCUUCAAAGCAACUGUAAACUUCCCUCACCACAAAGAAAGGCCCACCUCUCCCCUCAUUCGUUUGGACAAUGGAAAGACGCGAAUGACGUCGGGUGCUUUUCCGCUCUCAGCGCUCCUUCAAAAACGCAUGCUGCGACAAGCGGCAAAAAAACAAAGACUGUAAAAAAAUAUGCACGUAGUGUCCGUGACGUCAUCCAUUGGUUUGUGAAGAUCGUUUUUGAAGCUUAACGUAGGCGUUGCCUGCCAUCACCAUCUUGGCCGCGCGUCACCGCGAAUCACUUGCGGAAAACCGAAAAUGGGUAUAGAGGCGGGACGUGGGUGAAGCUGAGGUGGCUGGUUGCUGAAACCACACCCGGCUAGCUUGACUCUAGUGACAUCAGUGGCUGUUCAACCGUCACUCAAGCAGCCACGCCCUUAAUUAUCCAGAAGUUUAAGGCUUAAUAUCAUUUAAACGGAUGAGUUCCAAAAAAAUUCACCCCCCUCACAGUUGUCAUGAUGGGCCAAAAUGGCUAUAUAGACCAAAAACACUUUUUGUACCGAGCUGUAAACAAUUUAUUUUCUACUGUAAAGUUGGGCAUUUUGGGAAUUGACUCCCUUUUUGAGCCAGCCUCAAGCGACCAGUCGAUGAAUUGCAGUUUAAGUCACACUUGGCUUCAUCAGAGAUCGAAAGGUUGCCCCUGGCAAAAACUGCAAGGCGUUCAGGGCGCAUACACUCACUGCCCAUAGAAUAUCAUUCAUAAAAGGCAACGGCCAUAAAUGCGUUUGGUGUGAUUGGCCUUAAAUUCGGGAGUGACUCCUGUAUAACACACACGCACAUGAAACGGUAAUUCAAUCCCGUACCUAAAUGCAACUCUCACUCCCAAAAUGUGUGCAGUUUGUGUCUGGCCUAAGCAAGAAAGCCAACAGGAUCAUGGUGAAUUUCUGACAUUACCAUAAAGCAGAUGAUACGAUAAUGUUUACCUUAUUACUGAUUAAAAGUGUUCUCUGUUCACUCUUAUCAAGGAAUAUACUUUCAGAAAAGUCGCUUAUCUAAACUGUGAAUGUUAAGUAUUUGUCCUUGAAUCACACUGGAUUGUGCUGAGAUUUUAUUGUAGCAUUUCUGUACGAUGUUGUCUUUCCUAAAGAAUGUAUUCGUUUAUGUCAAGUGGUUACGGGUCAAGUGUUCAGAUGGUUCUCUUGUAUUUUUCUCUUCUAUAAUUCAUGGAUUAUAAUGUAUAGCAAAAGCUUUUCAGCACCACGUUUUGAAUGUCUGGGUAUGAAUACCCAGAAUCCCAUUCUGUACAUUAUACCAAUAGCUUUCAAUAGACCACUUCUUUUUCACAAGAAUCCAUUCUUACUUCAGUACUCGGAUACUUUUCUUCACCAGCAUUUCUCUUUUGACCUUCACACUUCUCAUGUGCUAUCCACCGCCUGGUGUGCGAAAAACCCAGCAGAAAUUAGAACACAUGCAUCAUUAACAAAUGAAGGCCAAGGCUGGUGAAACAUACCGCAACACGGAUAAUACCGCUCUACUUGAAUCGUGCUAAAGAAUGUGAUAAUAUCAACAGCUCUCUGUCUUCUUUGUGACUCGAGUAAUGGUGUAUACGGUGUGUGCGUGUGUGCAUGCACAUGUGUGUGGCUGCGUGCACCUUGAAUUCAAUAAAGAAACAAUACGGAGUAGAAAGUGCUUAUGGAGAAGAAUCUGUUGAAUGUGUGGAGUUCAUUU